AUAGCAGCUGGGACCUUUCACAUACUUUCCUUUCGUGUUGUGACUUGUACCGUACAGCACUGUUCACCAGGAAAGCUGCUGCCUCCCUGGAGUAUGCUCACGGCUCUGUAUAUCUUCUGAGCGAAAUAUCUUCUGAGGAUCCUUGGAGUAACUUCUAGGAAUUGUAUAACACGCAUAGAAACUCAUUAUGUGGGCCACUGUUGCUAAACAUUUAUUGAAGGCCAAAGUCCUCAGUUGUGCGGCACACACAUCACCGAAGGUUCAAAGGAACAAACUUGCACGUUCAGGAGCCUUACUUCAUUUCACCCGCUGGCAACACAGAGCCAGAGUCAUUCUUGAUGAUCAGACACUUCACGGCGGUACAAUGAUCCGGAACGUGGAACCUUUGCACGCUGAUCGCUUUGUGUGUGUGCAUUGGAUGGAUGGAGGCCACAGUGUUUACCCCUAUGUGUGGCUUAGAGAUAACUGCCAAUGUCCAGAGUGUUUCCUUAAUUCCGCCAAAGCCAGAAAACUUCCCAUUGAGAACCUCGAUGUCAACACCGGUGUAAAAGAUGUGACCCUAAUGGACGACAAGAAGAUUUGCGUAACUUGGCCUGACGAACACCAGAGUGAGUUUGAUGCCCAAUGGCUGAAGGAGAGAUGUUUUUCCGAGCAGUCCAGAGAAGAGAUGCAAGAGGAACUGUUUGCGCAAGAACACCAUCACUGGGGAUGUGACCUGCAGAUUCCUACCAUGUCCUAUGAAGAUGUCCUUAGGAGUGACCAAAGUGCCUAUGAAUGGCUGUGCGCUCUACGUAAGGUGGGAAUCGUCCUGUUGGAAGGAGCUCCAGUCAAACAAGGGGAAUUAGUUACACUUGGCAAGAGAAUAGGAUAUAUGAGGCUUACAUUUUAUGGGUACACCUGGCAAGUCCAAGACAAGAUAGAUGCAAAUAAUGUUGCCUACACAUCACGGAAAUUAAGCCUUCACACAGAUUAUCCAGCUCUUCAAUAUCCCCCAGGGGUACAGUUUCUCCACUGCUUGAAACAAGCAGAAUCUGGAGGUGAGAGUGAAAUGGUAGACGGGUUCCACGUGUGCCAUCAACUUCGAGAGCAGAAUCCCGAAGCAUUCAACAUUCUCACGUCUACGCAAGUUGACUUCACGGACACUGGGGUUGAUUACUGUGAUUUUGCACUGCAAUCCAAACAACAAAUUAUAGAAUUAGACCAUAAUGGUGGUCUCCUCCGGAUUAAUUUUAAUAAUGCAACAAGAGACUCAGUGUUCAAUAUACCAGCUAAAAAAGUCCAGCCAUUUUACUCCUCUCUGAAGGAAUUUGUCAACCUUCUGAACAGACCAGAAAAUACAUUCUCCUUCAAAAUGAAACCAGGUCAAGUGGUGACGUUUGACAACUGGCGAAUUCUACACGGACGCAAGAGCUACGAAUCAGGAGUAGAGGUAUCACGCCAUCUGGAAGGCUCCUACCUGGACUGGGAUGUAGUCAUGUCCAGAAUGAGAUCUUUAAAAAGGAAACUUCAGAACCAAAAUGGAUUUCCUCCUGUACUGUAAUAAAAGAAUAGGAAUGUGUAAAUGUAUGGGGAAACGUAAAUAGCAGGUCACGUUUAGGUAAAAUAAAUUGUGCUAGUUAUUUCAAUGCAAA